AUGGUUGUUAAGAAUCUAUGCUUGUUCGUUGUUUACUUGAUCAGUAAUAUCCCAUUAUCCAAGUACUUGACCGGCAGUAUCCCAUUAUCCAAGCACUGGACCUGUAGUAUCCCAUUAUCAAGGCACUGGACCUGUAGUAUCCCAUUAUCCAAGCACUGGACCUAUAGUAUCCCAUUAUCCAGGCACUGGACCAGUAGUAUCCAAUUAUCCAUGCACUGGACCGGCAGUAUUUCAUUAUCCAUGCACUGGACCGAUAGUAUCUCAUUAUCCAGGCACUGGACCGAUAGUAUCUCAUUAUCCAGGCACUGGACCGGCAGUAUUUCAUUAUCCAUGCACUGGACCGAUAGUAUCUCAUUAUCCAGGCACUGGAACGAUAGUAUUAUAUUAUCUAGGCACUGGACCUGUAGUAUCCCAUUAUCCAGGCACUGGACCAGUAGUAUCCCAUUAUCCAGGCACUGGACCAGUAGUAUCCCAUUAUCCAGGCACUGGAACGGCAGUAUUUCAUUAUCCAUGCACUGGACCGAUAGUAUCUCAUUAUCCAGGCACUGGACCGGCAGUAUUUCAUUAUCCAUGCACUGGACCGAUAGUAUCCCAUUAUCCAGGAACUGGACCGAUAGUAUCCCAUUAUCCAGAGACUGGGCCGAUAGUAUCCCAUUAUCCAGAGACUGGGCCGAUAGUAUCCCAUUAUCCAGAGACUGGGCCGAUAGUAUCCCAUUAUCCAGGCACUGGACCGAUAGUAUCCCAUUAUCUAGGCACUUGACCGAUAGUAUCCCAUUAUCUAGGCACUGGACCGAUAGUAUCCCAUUAUCCAAGUAG